UUAAUUUUUUGUGAUUCGUGGCUUGCGUUGAGCGCCAUAGCGAGAUUCUCAUCGAUCGUGCUCGAUCGUCCUCUUCUCUCCAGGGAUGCGCAGUGGCAUUGCGGCGGGUGAUCUAUGGUGCGCGGCAGCUGAAUCUCUUCUGGCUUUGAACAGGUAGAUUUUCCACUCUAGGGAUCGAUCCAUGGCCCAAGAUCGGCAGCGGGAUGCCGCCGACGCAUUUCCCCUUGGCAAGCGGCCACCGAUCGGCCCCGAGGCGGUCGUGAAUCCGUUCCAGGGGGAGUCUUUGGGUUUUAGUCCAUCGGAGAUUUUCAAGACGAUCGUCAUGCUUCCAAUCUUUCUCCUCCGGCUGGCAAUUCUCGCGGCGGCAUUGAUCUUGGCCUACUGCUCGGUGAGGUGCGCACUCAUCGGCGUCGAAGAUCCUCUUUACAAGCCAUUCUCGCGCUGGAGAAGGAUUCUCCUCUGGCCCCUGAGAAUCUGUGCAAGGAUCGCGAUGUUCGCAUUCGGUUACGUCUGGAUUUCGAUCAAAGGAACUCCGGCUCCUCGGGACGUGGCCCCCAUCGUCGUCUCCAAUCACGUAUCUUUCUUGGAUCCGGUCUACAUAUUUUUCUCACACAUGCCAGUGAUCUUGAGCGCCAAGGAGAAUGCCAAGCUUCCAAUCGUGGGUCUCUUUCUUACAGCGCUCCAGAUCAUUCCAGUGGACAGAGCCAUUCGCAGGUCGAGAAGGGACGCAGCAGCUCAAAUCCGGCGACGCGCCAUCGAUAACAAGUGGCCUCACGUACUCAUCUUUCCAGAAGGAACUACGACUAAUGGAAAGGCCUUGAUAUCGUUCAAGACGGGGGCGUUCGCUCAAGGCCUGCCAAUCCAGCCGAUGUGCAUACGAUAUCCUCACAAGUGCAUCAGUCCGGCAUGGGUGAAUCGAAGCCUGCCGUAUGUCAUGUUUCGUUUGAUGACGCAGCUCGUCAACUUCAUGGAGGUGCAAUACCUUCCAGUGGUGGAACCCGGCCUCCGAGAUCUCAAAGACCCUCGCCACUUCACCGAGACGGUGCGGCAUAUGAUGGCUGCUUCGUUGGGCGUUCCAUGCACGGAGCAUACUUUCUUGGACAUGAAACUGGCGGUCAUGGCAAAGAAACUGCAUCUGCCUCCGGGGCAGCUACCCGAGCUUUCUCGGAUGGAAAAGCUGUUCCAUAUUGACUACGAGACUGCCGAAGCAUAUCUCAAGAAAUUCAGCGCAAUGGAUACAACUCACAGCGGUCUUCUGCACAUUGUGGAUUUCCUCAAGGCGCUGGAUCUUCCUCUUACACCAUAUACCAUGCAAGUCUUCCAGAUGUUCGACACUUCCGAGAAAAAUUACGUCAACUUCAGAGAGUUCAUGGCAGGGUUGGCUUUCAUCUCCACGCACACGGCUUUCUCUUCUACAAUCGAAGCUGCAUUUUAUGCGUGCGACCAAGACAAGGAUGGGUUUCUCUCCAGAAAAGAAGUUGAGCAGGCCUUGGUGCAGACGUUCCCAAGCUUGGGGGCCAUCCAGAUCGAGCAUCUCUUUAACAGUCUGGACAUGGAUCACGAUGGUGUUAUCAGCUGGGCCGAGUUCAAGAAAUUUCUUCAGAUGAAUCCAGAGUACCUGGCAGUUAUCCUGGCUGCCUAUCCCAAUCUCUUGAAAGCUCCCGUGAACCAGCUUCCCGAGGUACAAUGACUUGGAGGUUUCCAUAGCCUCCUCUCAUUUAGUACGGGCCAAAGGUUAUCAUGCAAAGGGCUGUGAAUCUUGAUGUCGUUGUAGAGAAAAAUGGAAUUGACAAAUCAUGCUAAUGCAUGCUGGAAGAUUUAGUUUGCUAUUCUGUGCAACUCUUGGUUUGCUUUGUAUAAUAUAAAAAUUCUAAAUAAUUGGAAAAUGAUAAAAUAAGAAUACUUGAGCCUCUAAA